AAUUGUUACCCAGAAAUGAUUUGAUAUUGAGGUAAAAACGGCUGCAUUGGAGCUUUAAAAAUACAAUGAUGUGCGCAUGUCGUCAUUUGCCAAGCAACGAUUGUUCCGACUGUUUGGUUUAUCUGUGGUUUGCGUAGCUAGCCAGUUUGAGUUUGUUGGAAUGCAAUGAUUAGUAAGCUAGCAUAGCUCAAUAUAUUUCCGCAUCUAAAGAUUUAUUGCUUCGCAAGGUUUGCCAAAAUGCUUUUAAACAAUUUGCUUGAGUGUUUGCCGCCUGACCUCGAAUCAGUCCUUGUAAAAAUGGGUCAUUUUAAUAAUCCAAGCAAGCUAACUUUAGCUACAUCUUGCAAAUUGAAGAUGUUUUGCUAGCUAGCUAAUUUAGUUAGGUUUGAUCGCUACAAUUUAUUGAUAGUGUAGCUGCAGGGUGUCCUGUAGUUUGGCAAAGUGUUAACGUGUUUUUGUCCAUCUGAUUUAGCUUCUUAGCCUAGCUUGCUACGUUAGCUGAAUUAGCUAGCAUCAGCUUUUUCUAUCGUUUACUGAAUUUGACGUAUCGCUACUAUCUGUAAAAUAUGGCUACUGCCUCUAGCUCAUGUGUGGGGAUAAAUGGGUCGAGAAAUGGACCCUCUCUCUCUACACCGACAUUGGUAGCACCUGGACAAUCUCAGCCUAUGGUCGUUGUAUGGGAAUGGCAGGAUGAUCUUGGCUUCUGGCGACCAUAUAGCGGCCAGGUGAGCGGCUAUAUCGAACAAUACUUCUCUCCGCGGGGACACAGAGGUGGGGGUCCUGGCUCCACCAGCAUCAGCCUAGGACAAUCCGAUCCCAGCUUGUCGCCUUAUCUCAUAGACAUACCAAGCUUGAACCAGUUCCGCCAAGAUACAGGGAAAACGCGGUCUGUACGCCGUCAAUUGUUUGCCCAGGCCUCAGGCUUGGGUAGCGGAGUAUAUUGGGAGUGGGCAAAUGACGAAGGAGGAUGGACUCCGUAUGAGACUCGCACUUCUAUUCUACUAGAACACAGCUACCUGGCACGGCAGGCCACUGCGGAUAUGGCCUCACAUGGCUAUAACUACAUAGUGGACCUCACAGCGCUGGCCCAGGUCAACAAGGCCACAGGCUUCAGGCGGCAGGUCCGACGGCAGGGUAACUUCCCCUACCCGCUGGCGUCUGGCGCCUCCGUCAUCCACUCGGGCCCGGCUUGCUCCUGCCACCAGUGUCUGAGCCACAGCUGCACUGGCCCCAUGCCCAGCCGUUCACGCCACUCCUUCUCCUCUGGGCAGCUGAGCCGACCCAGCUUCCAGGGCCCCAGCAGGGCGGCUGGAGCUCACCCCACCUCGGUGUACUCGCCCUACCCCAGGAGGCCGCUUUCUGUGGGGGGCAUGGCGUGGGGUGGUCCCUGGCCCCCGACACCCUCCGCUAGUCAGUUCCCUGGACCUCCACUGUCUUACCCUACCAGUGGCAAUGGCUUAAGUGUCCCCGCCAUCCCUCUGCAACGGAAUGGAUCCACCAGUGUGAGCUCAGCCCUUGCAGGCAUGGCCUCCAUUUUGAUGUCAGCAGUGGGACUCGGCGUGCGCUUCACGAGUGCCCCCUCCCGCACCCCUUCCUCCGUUCCUCCUCCCCCCAGCAGCACCAGCAGGCCCGCAGGCUCCAAAACUCACAGCAGCAGCUCGGUUAGGAGGGCAAAGAGGCAGCACAGGACAGCCCAGAAACCAGAGGAUGUCAUUCACCGCUACAUGGAGGAAGUGGCCUCUGCUCAAGACGAGGACUGCAUCAUCUGUAUGGACCGGCUGUCGUGUCCGUCGGAUUACGCCGUGGCGUCCGAGGGAGCACAAUCCAUCCCACCCGGCGCUGUGGGAAAGUUCACCAAGUGUGGACACACCUUGCACAUGCUCUGCAUGCUUGCCAUGUACAACAAUGGAACCAAGGAUGGCAGCCUCCAGUGCCCGUCAUGCAAGACAAUCUACGGGGAGAAGACUGGGACCCAGCCCAAGGGCAAGAUGGAGAUCUAUAGUAUUGCACAGUCCCUCCCCGGCCACCCAGACUGUGGAACUAUCCAGAUAAUUUACAGCAUUCCCCCUGGGAUACAGGGUCCAGAGCACCCUAACCCGGGGCAGCCAUACACCUGUAGAGGCUUCCCUCGCUUCUGCUUCCUCCCAGACAACGACAAGGGCCGAAAGGUGCUUGAGCUGCUGAAGGUAGCGUGGACGCGGCGCCUCAUCUUCACAGUGGGCACGUCUAGCACCACGGGCGAGCCCGACACGGUGGUGUGGAAUGAGAUCCACCACAAGACUGAGAUGAUGUCCAACGUUUCAGGCCACGGCUACCCGGACCCCAACUAUCUGGAAAAUGUGCUGUCCGAACUGUCCUCCCAGGGGGUGACCGACGACUGCCUGGUCAAACCGGAGGGCCCCAGCCAGGGAGGAGCGUCAAACUCUGGACUGUGAAACUGACCCUGAAUCAGUUUCCUCAUAAUGUCACUACUUCAACAUAGAGAACAUAUUCACAUUCCCACUUGGAUGUUGUUGUUUUUUUUAUCUUAUUAAAUAUUCAAUGCGAAGCAGAUGUUAUGUUAAAGUGCAGUGUGCAGAAUACUGCACAUACUGAUAAUGUGGGGUUUGUCGUGGACUUUAUUUGCUGUAGUAGCGCUCCACCAGCUCUUGGUUUAGUCACCUGUUCCCUAUAUAGUAAACUACUUUUGACCAGGGCCCCAUAGGGUUCUGGUCAAAAGUACUGCACUACAUGGGGAAUAGGGUGCCAUUUUAGACAACCCUUUUCUUGAAAAAAGUAUAGUGCUUUUUUUUUUUUUUUUUUUUGGAGCAGCCUGAUGUGUCGCACCUCUUGGCAUGCUCCAUGAAAGGUGGCAGCUCUUGCGUGGGAACACAGACGUCGGUAGCACUUUAGUUUUGACAGUGCAUUUAAUUAACACUUAUAGUAAUUACCAGGUUAAUAUCUGUGAUUGUUUUUCAAAUUGGUAUAUUAUGCAAAUACUUUAGUGAUAUUUCUCUUGAAAAGCAAUGUAGGCCUACUUAGGCAAAUCACUGUAUACACAAACACAUUAAAUACUAUACAAAAUGGUAGCAAAGUGAGUACCUGAUUGAUUGUGUUAUAAUGGGAGGGGGGAGAGAACUGUUUAAUUGGUCAUUUUCAUAUUUGUCAGUAAUGAAAGCACUGUAAAGGAACAGAUGUCUGUAAAUGCCAGUUCAUUAAGAAGCAUAACAUGGAAGAGAAACUUCUCACUUUGCCUUUGGUUCAGCAUAAUAUAAAUAUUUAAAUGCAUUAACCAUUUGUAAUAUUUUUAGUUUUACCUAAUUUGAUGGGAAACACGUGGAUUUGUCAUGCUUAAUGCAGACUAAACUGGGCCUGUAUUCACAAAGUAGCAGUGCUGAUAUUGAUCAGGUCCUCCCUGGCCUAUGUAAUCUUAUUCAUUAUCUAAGGCAAAACUCAUCCUAGAUCACCCCUCCUACUCUGAGAUGCUUUAUGCAUACGGACCCUGAUGCUUUGCUACACCCACUUAGAGCUACAGAGCAGUAUGGAGACCUCCUUAAAGUUUAACUUUGGAAGCGUUUGUGCAUAUUGGAAAGCUUACAGGGACUCUUGACCUGAGCCCUAUACUACGUACAUUGUUUUGAGGAGUUGGCAAGGUAACUUUGGUCAACUCUUGAGUUAACAGGUACCACGAAAGUGGCUCAUCUUUGAGCCAGUUACAUUUUUAAAUGGCAACGAGUCCUUUUAGAACUAACCAGCUCCAGGGCAGGCUGUGUUCACAUUGCCCUAAAAAAGUGAACUGGGCUGUGGAAUUCAAGCGAACUGAACUUUGACCAGCUCUUGAUGGUCUGUCUGAUUCUCUUCAGGGGCUCUUGGGAGUUUUCACAAUGCACAAAUUAAGCAAACUGCAUGCGUUCACAAAAAUUGCCUGGAAAAGGGGGGGACCAAGUGUGAAAACACCCUUAGAAAACCUUGAGUAGAUCUCACUUAAAAAGAGGAAGGGAAGUGCUACUAAGAUUUCACUUCAAUUGUAGUAUAGGCCUACCCCCUCAGCUUUGCACUAGAAGAUAUAAAAACAGAAAAACGAUUACCACAGGUCAAUUCACUUUCUCUGACAAUCUGGACGAAAUAGCAUAGCCAUCAAGAGCAGUCUGGAUUUUUCUUUUUCGGCAUGUUUAGGGUAUAUUAACCUGGAUCGUUCAAUUCCACAGCACUGCUGUCCAACAUCCAGUUAGGUUACAUUUUACUCAGUAUUCAGGUGUAUGCAAGCAUUUUGAAAAUGUUCUCCGCAAUAAAGAACUGAUAAAUGAA